AUGUCAAAAUCCAGCAGAACUAUCAAGUGUAUUUUCGUCACACUUCUCUGUAUAACGGACAUUUAUAGCACCACCAGCUGAACAUCAUGUCGGAUCGACCCACCAUCGACCUUCCCAUAGUGGACAUGUCAAAAGCCAAGACGGACCGAGCUGCUCUGGCUAAAAUUGUAGUGGACGCCCUGGAAAACAUAGGCUUUCUUUUCAUAGACAACGUAGAAGGACUGGACUUUGAUCGAUUGUUCCAAGCCUGUAAGUGGUUUUUCUCACUACCCGAGGAGAAAAAGAGGAAAUUGUGCCGCAAAAAUUGGGUCCCCGAGAAUAAGAAUAUUUACAGAGGAUACUUUCCCGUCGUGGAGGGAGAGCCGAGUCGAAAGGAGGGGUUUGAAUUUGGUCGGGCUGUAGAUCCAAAUGAUGUUCAGGUGAGUCCAGACAACUGGUAUUAUGAGAGCUGUCCAUGGCCGGAAGAAGACGGAACAUUUCCUUUUAAGGAAUACAUGACCUCUAUGUACGAGGUCAUGCAUGAACUAGCCAUGGAGAUUUUACGCUUGACUGCCAUUGGUCUGAAUUUACCAAUAGACGCAUUUACGUAUCUGUUUGCAGACAAACCAUGUACCACGUACAGAAUUCUGCAUUAUCCUCCGUGGAACGGACCGCCCCCUAGCAACGCUCGGAUCGAGGACGGUAAAAUCCUGACAACGCCAGAUCAUUCCGACUCGAAUUUCCUCACUCUUUUGGCAACGUUCGAUUACAAAGGUCUCGAAAUUGUGAACUCUGAGGGAAACUGGGUCGCGGUAGAACCGAGACCAAAAAGCCUCGUUAUGAACAUCGGUGACCUUUUUGACCGAAUGACCGGAGGAAACAAAUUUCGUGCCACGCGUCAUCGUGUCCUUGACAUCGGGGUUGAUCGAUAUUCCGUACCGUUCUUUCUGGAGCCAUCGUACUUCAGUGAUGUUGGGGUUAAUCUCAUAAAAAAGUAUACUGGAGAAGAAACGCACGAACCGGAGAGAUAUGGCUGCUACAUGAUUCGAGUCGCCAAGUACGAGCGAAAAUACUUCGAAUACAAGGUACUUCCGGACUUCGAAAAAGUGGGCGAGCGACUCGGUUUGGUGGAUCCAGUUGGUUCCUAAAUUGAAAAUGGAACUUUUAUAACCACUUCAAAUCCGCCGAUGAAAAAAAAAAUACACGUGAUAAAGAAUUGUUAGAUUUAUAUAUCAUUCAUUUGUUUUUGUUAAAAUGUCACAGUUGCGUGCUUAAGAAUUCGUUACAAAAGAAAUUCUUAGAUUUUACGUGUAACUUGUAUUCUAAGUAACGAAGGAAAGUAUUUAUUUAGCAAUGGUUUAUUCAUGGGGAAGCUGAAAACUUUCUUUGUAAAAACGGAUGUUCAGUCUUUUCUUUAAUUGUUUGUUAUACAAACACGUUAAGUAUGCUGUGCAUUGUUAGUUAUUUCAAACUUUUACCACAUGCUUUACUGUAGAGGACCACUUGCUAAUUUACUUCGUUAAUUUUAAUAAAGGAUAGGCAAAA